GGAUGCUGUGAGAAUGCUGUGAAAGCACUUUGGAAAAAAUAAAAAAGAGCUCCAGAGAAAGAAGAAUAUAAAAUCUGCUAAAAGCUCACCCAAAAGCCUCCAAUUAUAACAGCCUAAGGAAUCACCAUAGGCUUCGGGUAAUACCUGACCUGAAGACUACGUAAUGUGUUGAAUCAGGAGUAGAAGGCAUCUACCUUCGUGCAGGUGAAGGAGUUACAAUGUUUACCAGUUUGUGAGGUGCAGGAAUUUGGGAGUGAGUUGACGACCUAAAAAUGCGACCAUGGACUGGCUCCUGGCGUUGGAUUAUGCUCAUCCUCUUUGCUUGGGGAACCCUGCUGUUUUACAUAGGUGGACACUUGGUCCGCGACAAUGACCACCCCGAUCACUCCAGCCGUGAACUCUCUAAGAUCCUGGCCAAGCUGGAACGUUUAAAACAGCAGAAUGAAGACUUGAGGCACAUGGCGGAAUCUCUCAGGAUACCAGAAGGUCCCAUUGAUAAAGUACCUGCUGCAGGAAGGAUUCGUGUUUUAGAAGAGCAGCUCAUAAAGGCCAAAGAACAGAUAGAAAAUUACAAGAAGCCAACAGGAGAUGCAGGUCUGGGAAAGGAUCAUGAAAUACUGAGAAGGAAGAUUGAAAAUGGAGCAAAGGAACUUUGGUUUUUCCUCCAGAGCGAAUUAAAGAAGAUAAAAAAUCUAGAAGGCAGUGAACUCCAAAGACAUGCAGAUGAAUUUCUGUCAGACUUGGGCCAUCAGGAAAGGUCAAUAAUGACAGAUCUAUACUACCUCAGCCAAACAGAUGGAGCCGGUGACUGGCGUGAAAAAGAAUCCAGAGAUCUGACAGAGCUGGUCCAGAGGAGAAUACUUUAUCUUCAGAACCCCAAGGAUUGCUCUAAAGCCAAGAAACUGGUGUGUAAUAUCAACAAAGGCUGUGGUUAUGGCUGUCAACUUCAUCAUGUUGUCUACUGCUUCAUGAUCGCCUAUGGUACCCAACGAACUCUCAUUCUGGAGUCUCAGAACUGGCGUUAUGCUACUGGCGGAUGGGAAACCGUGUUUAAGCCCGUGAGCGACACAUGCACAGAUAGAACAGGCACCAGCACUGGGCAUUGGUCAGGUGAGACCAAUGACAAGGACGUUCAGGUGGUGGAACUUCCCAUCGUCGACAGCCUUCACCCACGUCCUCCAUAUCUCCCCCUCGCUGUUCCAGAAGAUUUAGCCGACCGACUCAUACGAGUGCAUGGAGAUCCCGCAGUGUGGUGGGUCUCCCAGUUUGUCAAAUACUUGAUCCGCCCACAGCCUUGGUUAGAAAAAGAAAUAGAAGAGGCCACAAGGAAGCUUGGUUUCAAACAUCCAGUCAUCGGAGUCCACGUUAGGCGGACAGACAAAGUCGGAACAGAAGCGGCGUUCCAUCCCAUUGAAGAAUACAUGGUGCAUGUGGAAGAGCAUUUCCAGCUUCUCGCCCGCAGGAUGCCCGUGGACAAGAAAAGAGUUUACCUGGCUACGGAUGAUCCUUCGUUAUUACAGGAGGCCAAAGCCAAGUAUCCAAAUUAUGAGUUUAUCAGCGACAAUUCCAUAUCCUGGUCCGCCGGGCUGCACAAUCGAUACACCGAAAACUCGCUGCGGGGUGUUAUCCUGGAUAUCCACUUUCUCUCUCAGGCAGACUUCCUGGUCUGCACAUUCUCUUCCCAGGUGUGCCGAGUGGCUUAUGAAAUCAUGCAGACCCUGCAUCCAGAUGCCUCUGCCUCCUUCCAUUCUUUGGACGACAUUUACUAUUUCGGAGGGCAGAAUGCCCACAACCAAGUUGCCAUUUACCCUCACCACCCGCGAACUGCUGAUGAAAUCCCCAUGGAGCCCGGAGACGUCAUUGGUGUGGCUGGAAACCACUGGGAUGGCUAUUCUAAAGGCGUCAAUAGGAAGUUGGGAAGAACAGGCCUUUACCCGUCCUACAAAGUCAAAGAGAAAAUAGAGACGGUCAAGUACCCUACAUACCCGGAGGCAGAAAAAUAAAGCCCAGAUGAGGGUGAGACAGGUGCGGAAGUCAGUUCCAACUGGUUUGAACCAAGCAGUGUCUAAACUGAGCUUGAGUGGGCCUCGUCUUCUUGUUUGAACCAUACGGUUGGGCGACCGAAAGCCUUUGGCAUUGAGACUGGAUCAGCAGCUUGGAACAUAUGGACCACCUAGUACUGGAAUUUCUGCUUCACAAACGUAUUCUGUUUAAAGCGCUCGGACCCAUGCACAGAACCAGUAAGCCUACUCCCCAGGUGUCGUGCAAAAACAGUUGUUUUCUAACUGUCUCUUCUUUCAAGACAUAUCCCCAUGAUUAGUCCUUAAGUGAUCAUUGCCUUCGAUAUCUCUGUCAUGAAUUGACUGCAGUCCUCAGACUUUUUAAACACUGCCAUAUUGUGUAAUUGGAGUGAAAUGAACAUAUUUUAUGUAUGUGGAAUUUCAAACGUGGUGCCUACAAUUAAGAGAUGCAUCUGACCGGCUCGGAAGAUCCAAAUUCAGCUCCUGACCUGGAUAGAGUUGAUAGUUAACUGAUGGUAUCAUGACCACUGUGCUUAUUACUCCAACCAACAGACUCAGAAGUGUUUGUGGGGGAGGGCGUUGAUGUUUUUUUUAAUUACAUUGAUUCGGUCAGCUUAUCAUUAAUAAAUGAAGGUCACAUCAGAAAAUGAAAUACUCACUGUUAGGAACUUUUGUAAAAAAAGAAAAACAAUGUCAUAAACAGGAUCUUUAUUACUUAAUGUUUCUGGACAUUGUCUUUGAUAACAAAAAAUAAAUUUAAAAAAUAUAGGCGUUUCAUAAAGCGUAUUACAUUUCUGGUGAUGGGAAGAAAUGGUGGGUCACGGUGCCAUAGAGGGAAGAAUCUCCAUCCCUUUCCUCACUUCCGCUGUCUCUGGAGCCAUCUUGUUGAUCAAUGAGACGGGCCUACUUGUGGCCUGAAUGGGAGUUCAAUCUGGCUAGCGUGUAAAGUACAAGAUUACUGAGGGACUUUUGCUGAGAAGGGAGACUUGCAGAAUAGGGGGCAAGAAUAAGAAUGGUUCAGGUUUUUUUAGUGAGAAAAACGGUGAUUAUUUUCCAGAUCUCAGUCGGAACCAUACUGAAUUCAGAGCUCUCUGAUAACUGCUCUCUGUGUUGUGCUGAUCCUGACAUUUUAUGGGGGUCAUAAAAGAAUCUAAAAAAGUUUUGUAGAGUAAGCAACUAAAGUGAUCAGAUGGAUAGCACCAAGUCUGUCUGGGGACAGACUGCAAAGAUUAGAGCUUGUUGAUCUGGUAAAACAAGUCUGAGAGGGGUAGUGAUUGAAGCCCAUAAAAUAGAGGUUUGUGGACAAGGGUGACAUGGAAUUGUAUUUUUUACAUAUCCUACAAUACUAGGAUUAGACUGAGCCUCACGUGGGAGGGGACUGUGUCCAACCUGAUUAUCUUCAAUACCCUCCGGAGCUUAGUACAGUGUUUGGCCCAGAGUUUGCACUUAACCAACACCUCAGUUGUUAUUAUCACUAGGGAGCAUUCACUGAAGGUAAAGAGGUGAGCUUAUGGACUUAGCUAUCACAGACAGUUGGAGAGGCAGAAAGUGUCAGUGGAUUUGGGUAAAUCAAUGGAUAAAAGUCAGAAUUGAAUCUCUGGAGGGAAAUUUAGGAAUAGUACAAGUUCAAGAAGGGUUUAAUGCUUCAUGGAUAAUAGGCCAUGAUAGGUUGUUAGAAGAUAGAAAAAGUUGAAGUUAGAAAGUACAUCCUUAGCCAAGAGAAUGGAGAUCAAGAAGAAUAAAACAGUGGGUUUUUUUGUUGUUUUCUUAUGGUAUUUGUUAAACACUUACUAUGUGCCAGGCACUGUACAGAUCCACUUAACAAAUACCAUAAUUAUUAUCAUUAUUAUUAUUAUCCCUUGGCAGAGAUCAAACGGAAAGGAUGGGUAUACGUUGCUCCACUUCGCUCUACAGACACGCUUCUAUCCAUCAAGGGGAAUAGCUCUUCAGUGCAGAAAUACCAACCAGCUUCAGUUGUGGUCUAAUGUACUUUCAUUAUUGUCUUGGUGCUAAUAAAUGUUGGUGGAGAUCACAAAACUCCAGUUGCUCUGAA